GAGAGGCAUAGUUUCUUGCAUAGUUUGACCAUAGUGGAGUGACUCUGAGUAACCAGGAAGACAAUUAACGGUACUCCUGAAGAAGCGGAAGUCUUACUCAUCCACCCUAGGUUAAUUCCCACUGUAGAGAACAAGAGAGAACAAGCUGCUUUCUUUCUGAAAAGAGAAAACAGCGCAUGGGGUCGAAGAGAAGUAUCCGACGUUUUCUCAGAAACUGUACUCUCAGAAACAGUUAGACUGAGAGCAGAGGCACACCCUCAUCCUGACUGGAUGCACCUGAUAGACUUCCCACAAGUCACUGUUUUGCUCGUCGUCAAAGUUGGACGACCCUCUGCCAAAAAGCAGGUAUGCAGACACCCUAGUCACCAGAAGACGUUGCAACACGUCUCUGCUUGUCCUUUUUUCACCCACAUAAGAUGUGCUGCUGUCACUGGGGAGCUCAAACGGUGACGCGUCCAUGCUCCUGAGUGUUUACUCUAAGGACGGGUGCAGCUCUGUGCCUCUCAAUGGGAAGUUACCACUGCAAAUGUGAAAAGCCUCCAUGGAAAGGAGCUAGGCGUUCGUCAUACUAUGUCGUUCUCUUCCUAAUGAUAGGAGUUUUGAUUUUCUACAUCUGGUUCUCACGACUUUUGCUGCCUCUAACCAUUUGGAGGGUACGUAACGAUACGAGAACAAUUUCCCCUUUUCAUCAUUUAACCUCUCAGUUCUUUGUGGAAUACCCUCACCGAUAUCAGUUCAUAGUGGACCAACCCAACAAAUGCAGACAGGAGAGACCCUUCCUGGUCGUCAUGAUCCCGGUCGCCCCUCAGAACAGAGAGGCCCGUGACAUCAUUCGUCGCACCUGGGGAAAUGAAACGCGGGUGUUGGGCCGGUCGGUCAGCUACUACUUUCUCCUGGGAAAGUCCAGGAUAGGCAACGACACAGAGCCACCGGAUGAACAGAUUUUACUCGAAAGCCGGACACAUGGCGACAUCCUCCAGAGUGACUUCUUGGACAGCUACAAAAACCUCAGUAUUAAAACGAUGGUCAUGUUGGAGUGGCUCAGUACUCGCUGCCUCAACUCCUCCUACGCUAUGAAGAUCGACUCGGACACUUUCCUCAAUGUAAACAACCUCAUCAGCAUGGUGAUGCACGCCCCCCGCCGUGGCUACAUGACAGGCCUGGUGGCAAGGGGCGCUCAAGUUCUUCGGGAUCCUCACUCAAAGUGGUUUCUUUCCUCUGACGUCUUCGCUGAGCCAUCGUACCCUCCGUACGCCCUGGGACUGGGCUACGUCUUCUCCAUGGAUUUACCCGAGCGGAUACUGGAGGCAUCCAGACAUGUUAAGGCUGUCUACAUCGAAGACGUGUACGUGGGUUUGUGCAUGAAACACGCCGGGGUUCCGCUGACGGAUCCACCUCACGACGGUCUGUUUGUGGCCAGCCCACCUUCAUACAUGAGCGCUUGUUACUUGUCUUCUGUCAUUGCAACGUUACUGCAGAGCUCCAAGGAGAUUUUGUAUGUAUGGGAGGUCUAUAAGACUCAACCACAGAGUGACUGUUAGGCCUCCAAAGUCUGGUGCCCCCCCCCCCCCCCCCUCCGUCACAUGCACUGUUUACACUGACUGGCGGUACAAGUUAGAAGAACAACCGUUGUUCUUCACACAAAGACCUCUCAAUCAUCUCUAACUUGAUUUUUGUAUGUUGAUAUGAAAAUUAUUUGCGGAAAACAGAGCAACAAGCUACGGAACCCCAGAGGGGUCAUCGCAAAAUGUUUGCAUGUUGAGAGAAUGUGCGCUCGUUUUACUACAUUGUGCAUUCGUGUUACUAAAUCGUACGCUCGUUUCACUAAAUCGUGUGCACAAUUUACUAUAUUGUGCUCUCGUUUUACUAUAGUGUGAGCUCAUUUUACUAAAUUGAGCU